AUGUUUGCACGUAUGUCUCUUCGAUUACCUACGAAUGCAGUUCGCUGCCUUAGCUCGUCAACGCCCGUUCGCGCAUUGCAACACACGCCUAUGCCUGGAAAUAAUUUAAGUUUCUCGCCUGUAUCAGAGGGUGAGAAGGUUUGGUGUGACGUGUAUGGUGUAGACUAUGAAAAGCAAAUUGCCGAAUCAGUGCAUGAGUGCCCCGCCCAAGCUGUUGCCGUGAAGAUCAAUUACUCUACACUUUCUGAUACGAAAGGUAAGAGCAAGCCUGACGUAUGGAAUGUCGUGGUGGAAGACAAGAGUUCUAAAUGA